AUGACAGGAUUAAUUUAUAAUAAACCUGACAAUCCAAUAGAAUUUAUUGAAAUUUCAAUAGCAAAAAUAAAAAAUGAUCCAUCAUUAGCACUUAAGUGGGAUUCUUUUGUAGAUUCAGAACACCUUCCUAGUCUAAAACCAUCAGCUUAUCCCCUCUCAAAUACAUAUAAAAAUAACAAAACAUUAGUAAAAAAUGAAUCAGCAGGAACAGUAAAAAAAUCAGAAAUUAUAGAUGAAAGAGUACCACGAUUACAAAGUAGUCAUUCAAAUAAAUUUUCUUCUUCAGUAAAAAGUAAACAUUCAGAAAAUAAAAGUAUAAAAGAUUUAGAUUCUCCAAAAACGAAUCGUGAAAGGUGUGCAUCUGUAAUGAAAGCUGCUGAAAUUGCUCAGAUUCCAAAUGUUCCAAUUAUAUUAUUUAUGGGUGGUCCUGGUGGUGGAAAAACUAAACAUGCUGCAAGAAUAAGAGAAAGUAUGGAAAAUAAAGGAUUAAUUCAUAUAUGUAUGCCAGACUUAAUAAAAAUGGCCAUAAAUAGGUAUUCAGAUAAAUAUCCAGAAUGGAAAAAUGCUGGUGAAAAAUAUUCUAGAGGUGAAUUAAUACCUAAUUAUUUGGCUCUACAAUUAAUAAAAGCAGAAAUGGGAAGAUAUCAAAAUGCAAAAGCAUUUUUCUUGGAAGGAUUUCCAAGAGAAGCGCAACAAGUUGAAGAUUUUGAAAGGGAAGUAGCUCCUGUAAAUAUGGCUUUAAUAUUAGACUAUGAUGAGGGAACACUUAGAAGUCACAUGGAAAAAAGGGGAUUAUCACUAGAAGUUAUAAAUUGCAAAAUAAAUGAAUUUAAGAAAAAAACAUUACCUAGUGCUAAAUAUUUUGAUGAUCAAGGUUUACUUCAUUUAAUACCUGGAGAAAAUUCUAAUGAAGAAAUUUUUGAUAAACUUAGUGUUCUUGUCAAUGAAGCUAUGGAGUAUGGAAUUCCAAUAAAACAAAUAAAUUCUCCUGUACACAUAGAGAAAAAAGUUGAAUCAAGAAAUACAUCAUCUAAAAGCAAAAAAUCUGAUAAUUCAAUAACAAGUGAAAAGAAGAGAAGUUUUGAAUCAGAAAAAAAGAUGACAAAACAAAUUACAAAAACUGACAGUAUGGCUACUAUUAAUUCAAGAAAAUCAAACGAUUCAAGAGGUACUCCAUCAACACCUGCUGAAUAUAAUUUAAGAAAUGAAAGAAAUUUAAAUAAUAAAGAAAAUGAUACUAUUUCAGUUAAUAAUGAUACAAAUUCAAUAAAAACAGAAAAUAAAAAUGAGCAUAAUAUUGAAAGUAACAUUGUUGCAUCAAAUUCCUCACAUGUCAUUAUUCAACCUGAAACUCCAAAAGAAGAAAAAAAUAUUGAAGAUGAAGUUAUGAAUAGAGAAGUAACAUCUGAUACAAGACCUUCAACUUUAUCUCAAAGACCACCAUCAUCAACAAUAAAAACAGUUACAGCUGUAAUUGAAAAAAAUGAAAGAAACAACACAGGAGAAAAUAAAAAUUCACCAUCCAUAACUCCUACAUUAACAGCCAAAGAAGGAAUAACAAUAAAUGUACCUGUUAUUUUAAUAAUAGGUCCACCAGGAAGUAAUAAAACUGAAAUAUCAAAUAAAAUUUCUCAAAAAUAUGAAGGUUUUACAUAUUUAAGUAUGGGAGAAUUACUUAGAAAUAUGGUUGAAGAAAAUAAAAAUGAUGAAUUAUGGCAAAGAAUUGGUAAAAAAAUGGAAGUUGGUGAAAUGAUUCCAAUGAAAAUAUGUCGUGAAUUAUUAUUUUCUGCAUUAACCAAACAUGUUUCAACAGCAUGGGGAUUUGUAAUUGAGGGAUAUCCUCGUAGUUUACCACAAUUAAGUGAUUAUGAAACUCAUGGUAUACGAUUAGAUUUAGCAAUAUUAAUUGACUGUACUGAACAAUUUUGUAUUGAAAAUCUUUCUAAAAGAUUUAAUAUUGAUGAUAGUAGUAAAAAAAGACCAGAUGAUGAUCCAGAUAUUGUUAAAGCAAGACUAGAACAUUUCAAACAAAAUAAUCUUCCAAUGUUAAAAGCUUUGGAUGAUACAGGAAAACUUAGAGUUGUCCGUAUAGAAUACAAGAUUGAUGGUGAUACUGAAACGGAACAAAUCUUUAAUAAUAUUACUGAUAUUAUUGAUACAGCCAUAUUUGUAGAAGAAAAUAAUGCCGGAAAAGGACUAUCAACAGGAAAUUCUAAUAAUACUCAUGAAGAUUAA